UGUAAGUCAACCUAUGCUCUUGAACAAACAACUGUGACUGUUACUGACCUUGUGGUGCUUGAUGGUAUAGCUGGUAAGUCAACCUAUGCUCUUGAACAAACAACUGUGACUAUUACUGACCUUGUGGUGCUUGAUGGUAUAGCGGGUAAGUCAACCUAUGCUCUUGAACAAACAACUGUGACUGUAGCUGACCUUGUGGUGCUUGAUGGUAUAGAGGGUAAGUCAACCUAAAAUAUAAAUUCAAUUCUCCUUUCGUUUCUAAUUUUAUAUGAAUAGUAGUACAAUGAUUGGCGAUAUUCUUUUGACAAUUCUUUCGCUACACAAAUUCAAGGUAAUUAACCUACAAAUAAACUUAAUUUAAUUAUCCUGCUUAGCUCUCUUUAGACAAAGCUUCACCCGAAUUCGAUUGUUUCUCCGACUUAAAAUCCCCUCAUUGUACCUGCUCGUCAUGCCCCUCUAUUCUAUUUCGACAUUGUCGAGUCUCUCUCGCUGGACUGUCUACUAUACCGGAAGAUUGUCAACUUCGCAACCUCAUAUUACGCACGGCUAAGAACUACGACAUUGAGGGCGAUGUAGAAGCUAUUGAGCAUGGCUCUAUAUUAAUGAUACAAACUGGCGGACAUCGCAUUCUCCAAUUGUUUCACAGUCGGGGUUUGUGUUCUUAAUUCCUAGAAAUAAUCUAUACUAUUUAGUUUGCUAAUUUCCGUUUGUUAGACCUUUCUAUGAACUUUAAUAACGGAACUCAAAUUGCCUUCCCUGUCCUACCAACUCCUAGAUGUCCCCUACGUUUUGCAUUACUUCGCGCAUGGCUUCAAAGUUGUGAUGAACAUGAUAAGUGUAAGCCUACCGGAAGCCAUCGGUCACCUACCAGACUUCUCUAUGUGGGUAACCCGGACAGUUCAACUUACGACCCACGUUCCUUGGAACUCGUUCUCGGUGACGAAAUAGCAGGAGAAAAAUACAUCGCGUUGUCCCAUCGUUGGGGUCUCGUUCAGCCUAAUAAGGUACCUGAACACUGCACAACCAUAGCGAAUCUUAGUAGUCGUCGAGGAGGAUUUGCUAUCGACGAAUUGCCAUUAACAUUCCGGGAUGUCGUUGAGGUGGCUCGAUGCCUCAAAGUUCAAUAUCUCUGGCUUGACUCACUCUGUAUUGUCCAAGGCUCCGAAGAAGACUGGGAACGAGAAUCUAAGUGCAUGGAAGAUAUCUAUUCUUCAGCUUAUUUUACCCUUGCCGCAACAGCGGCUGUUGAUUCUAAUAGCGGAUUUCUUCAGCGGAAUAUCACGAGCGAAUAUGUCUGUAUUCAAGACGAUUCAGGCCAACUGAUGUAUACCUGCACUUGCCCGGCGGAUUUUGAUAGGGAGGUUGAUCAAGCUCCACUCAAUAAACGAGCAUGGGUUAUGCAAGAACGAUUCUUGUCGCGUAGAACAAUUCAUUUUGGCGCCAACCAGAUGUAUUGGGAAUGUGGUGAGGGUGUUUAUUGUGAGAAUCUAACUCGAUUGAAAAGGUAAGACCUAUAACGAUAUCUUCUAAAUUAAUAGAUACUGACUUUGCUAUUCUACUACUUAGUAAUGUUAGAACAAACAAGGAAUUUAAACUCGAUCCACAGUUUCCGAAACUUCUAUUCAAUUCAGGAUAUUCUGCUACUCUAGCCUUUCUCUCCUCCUUCUUGGAAGACUAUUCAAAUCGUCACCUAACGAAGCCUACUGAUAGAGUUCGGGCAUUAUCUGGGCUCACAGCUCGUAUCGAACAAGCUUUGUCCUGUGAGGAGAAUUUUAGCAUCUUUGAAUUGUAUCUUCACAGAAAUCUCCUAUGGGAGCGAACCGGUCCCAUGGAACGCAUCAAUUAUGAAUCUCAAAAAGUACCAUCAUGGUCUUGGAUGGCUUAUACAGGAGGUAUCAAAUUUAUAGAUGAUCUAUAUGGAAAUUUGGAAAUCUUCAUCCCUCUUGAGUUUUUUGAGGAGGAUAAAAAGAUGCUGCAAACUGAUGUAUGGAGGUUUGAAGAAAAUUGCCACUUAGGGGAAGAGUCAGAGGGAGAGUUUAAGACACGUCGCCAGAUAUUGAAUUCACUUGGGCAAAAAGUAGGAUGGCUUAGCUUUGAUGUAGAAGACAGAAAGGAAUUUCGUGGGGAACAAGUUGUUGUUGUAGGGAAGAAACGUCAGGUUGAUGGGUCAGAGAACCAGAUGUUUCACGUUUUGCUUGUAAGACAGAGCGAUGGAGCAGAAAACGAGUUUGAAAGGGUUGGAAUGGGAAUGGUUCAACAAGGCUACCUUUCGCGACAGCAACGCAAUGUCUGUAUUAUUUGAAACAGGUUUUGCCAGAGCCGGAGUUCAAGCUUGCAGCACGGUUCAGCGCUUUUUAAUGACAUCUCUUUAUUAUUUCCAAU